AUGGGUGGCUGCGUCGGGAAGUCCAAAGCCCGCACGCACGAUGACGCAGCACUGGCCCGGCGAUUGCAGCAGGAAGAGCUCCGAAAUGCGAACCAACCGCUGAUACCAAACCAACGUGGCGGGCCACCACCACCGAACAACGGCCGCGGGGGGUCCCGCGGGGGCAGUAAUGCUUUCGUUGGACAGGGGCAACUGUUGGGUGGCGACGUGCAAGCGAAGGCGGCGGAGGACCGAAGACAGUUGCAGCUGGAGGCCGCGGAAGCGCGCGCCAAGGCGACUGCGGGAAGAGGCGGGGUCUCGGAGAAACGAGCAAAAGAGCUCGAAGAAGCACAGGUGAAGGACGAUCUGAUUGGGAAGAUCCAGGCCUACUGCGCCAUGCGGAAAAAGGAGGAGCCGAUGGGGCUGCGGCUUGCCUCUGUGCCGCAACUCCAAGAAACUUUGCGGAACCUGCAGUCGGGCGUGUGAUAGUGGAAGUAAGAUCACUCUACCGACGCUGCUAUCGCGACAAGCACGAACUGCCAUGUAGUUGUUUUAGCGACACCAUGAAAGAUGAUCGUGUCAUGCUCUGACUGCGCAGGA